ACCAACAGCUUUAGCGAUAACUACAACAAAAGUUUUCUCUCUUCUCUCACAAAUGGAAGAAAUCGACGUUCCAUCGUUCUUCAUCUGUCCAAUUUCUCUGCAAAUAAUGAAAGAUCCGGUGACUAUCUCGACGGGGAUAACCUACGACAGGGAGAGCAUCGAGAAGUGGCUGUUCUCGAGCAAGAACAAGACCUGCCCAGUAACGAAUCAAGAAGUUUCCGAUCCCGACUUAACCCCCAACCACACUCUCCGGAGGUUGCUCCAAGCUUGGUGCACACUCAACGCUUCUCACGGUAUCGAAAGAAUUCCAACUCCAAAGCCUCCCGCCAGCAAAGCUCAAAUCUCCAAGCUGUUGAAUGACGCCGCAAAGUCGCCACAGUCCAUCACAAACUGCCUCCACAAGCUUAGAUCCAUCGCCUCAGAGAGCGAGGCCAACAAAAGAUGUAUGGAAUCCGUCGGCGCAGUUGAGUUUUUGGCUUCGGUACUUCUUAAAGGAGAUACUGAACAGCAGGCAGAAGCACUGAGCGUCCUAUACAAUCUCCAAGUCUCGGAAUCCGCACUCCAGAGUCUUCAAGGCAAAGAGAGCGAGCUCAUCGAGUCAUUAAUAAAGCUCAUCCAAAGAGGUACUUACGAGUCGAGAGCUUACGCCGUGAUGAUGCUGAGAUCGAUGUUCGAAGUCGCCGACACAAUGAAGAUGAUCAACUUGAGACCUGAGUUCUUCUCCGAAGUAGUUCAGGUAUUGAGAGAUCAGAUUUCCCCACAAGCCUCAAAAGCCACAUUGCAACUGUUGAUCAAGGUCUGUCCUUGGGGGAGAAACCGAAUCAAAGCCGUCGAAGCCGGAGCCGUUAAUGUCUUGAUCGAUCUUCUUUUGGAUGCUUCUCCGGACAGAAGGACUCACGAGAUGGCAAUGAUGGUGCUCGACAUGGCCUGUAGCUCGGCCGAGGGGCGAGCCGAGCUUCUCAAGCACGGGGCUGGGCUUGCAGUGGUCUCAAAGAAAAUAAUGAGGAUUUCUAAGGUAGCGAGCGAGAGGGCGGUUCGGGUUCUGUUCUCGGUUUGCAAGUUCUCCGCCACGGCCAGUGUUUUGCAAGACAUGUUGCAGCUGGGUGUGGUUGCAAAGCUUUGCUUAGUGCUCCAAGUGGAUAGUGGGAGCAAGACCAAGGAAAAGGCUCUAGAGAUCUUGAAAAUGCAUGCAAAGACAUGGAGGAGCUCCCCCUGUAUACCGAACAAUUUGAUUUCUUCUUAUCCUUCUUAAUAUUUUCAAACAAGAAAUUAGGAUCAAUUUAGUUUCUCAUGUUAGCAACUUCUUUACUUUUUGUGUACAAAAUUGAUUGAUACGAUUAUAUGAAUUAAUCAUCAUGAAAUAUCAAAUAUACCUCUACAAGUGUGCUCA